AUCAAAGCAAAUGCGUCAUCAAGCUGCGACGCGCAAGCGGCGUUUUUGUUUCAGUUAGCUUCGUUAUUUAGGAACACAAUUUUUCCGUUUUGACAUAGCUAAACUGCGAUUUAUCAGUGAUACCUACGUUGUCUGUCCACUAUGAGUGGGGGUUUAGCACCAAGCAAAAGCACAGUGUAUGUAUCGAAUCUGCCUUUCUCUCUGACUAACAGCGACCUACACAAGUUGUUCACGAAGUAUGGAAAAGUUGUAAAGGUUACAAUAGUUAAGGAUAAAUUCACCCGACAGAGUAAAGGAGUGGCGUUUGUUCUCUUCCUGGACAGAGAAUCUGCUCAUAAUUGUGCAAGAGCGGUGAACAACAAACAGCUAUUUGGCAGAACAGUUAAAGCCAGCAUUGCUAUAGACAACGGGCGAGCAACUGAAUUUAUAAGAAGACGGAACUACACGGACAAGUCCAAAUGUUAUGAAUGUGGGGAAACGGGACAUCUAAGCUAUGCAUGCCCCAAAAACCUCCUUGGAGAGAGGGAACCUCCAAAGAAAAAAGAAAAGAAGAAGAAGAAAAGGGCUCAACAACCAGAGCAUGUUGAAGAAGAUGAAGAAAGUGAAGAGGAUGGAGAAGACCCGGCCUUGGAUAGCUUAAGCCAAGCCAUAGCCUUUCAGCAAGCCCGCAUUGAGGAAGAGGAGACAAAAAAGAAAAGGCAAGCAGAAGAGGACAUUGCCCACGCCUCGACAUCUUCAGACUCUAAGAAACCGAGGAUCAAAAAGAGCGCAUACUUCAGUGACGAGGAGGAGCUCAGUGACUAAUACACACAGACUUUUUUUGCAUACGUAUUUAUCAAAAUAUUUACUACGAAAGUCACAUUUUGUGUUCCUCAAAUAUUGUUUUUAUUUUCUUAAUAAACUGGCUUUGCUUAUGUGUGUGUACAUAUCUGGUGGGUUGGGGACGGUGGCUAUUAAAAGUUUAGUUCAAAAUCAUAUGGGGGAUGCAAGAAAAAUAUAUUUCUUACUACUUUGGCUAAACCAGCUGUGCUACAUUAUAAAAUACCAAGCUUUCUAAGUGCCACCAUCCUGACAGGCAUUUAAAAUGGUAUUGUGACAUGAUUUGUACUUUUUCACUUUGUUUUGCCAUAUUGAUAAAAGAAAAACAUGAAAUCCA